GGGAGAACCACCUCCACCCCCUCUUUUUAAAUUUUUUUAUUUUUUUAUUUUUUUUGCAAGAAUCCCAAGAGCUAAGGUGGCUGCAGAGGGGAGAGCGGCGAGAGCCAAGUGGGGGGAGGGUGGAGGAAACCCGGGAGAAGGCUUUCUCCAGCCCCCAAAGUUUUGAUGAUGACCAUGACUACGAUGGCUGACGGCUUGGAAGGCCAGGACUCGUCCAAAUCCGCCUUCAUGGAGUUCGGGCAGCAACAGCAGCAGCAACAGCAGCAGCAGCAGCAGCAGCAGCAGCAACAGCAGCCGCCGCCGCCGCCGCCACAGCCGCACUCGCAGCAGAGCUCCCCGGCCAUGGCAGGCGCGCAUUACCCUCUGCACUGCCUGCACUCGGCGGCGGCGGCGGCGGCGGCGGCCGGCUCGCACCACCACCACCACCAGCACCACCACCACGGCUCGCCCUACGCGUCGGGCGGCGGCAACUCCUACAACCACCGCUCGCUCGCCGCCUACCCCUACAUGAGCCACUCGCAGCACAGCCCUUACCUCCAGUCCUACCACAACAGCAGCGCAGCCGCCCAGACGCGAGGGGACGACACAGAUCAACAAAAAACCACAGUGAUUGAAAACGGGGAAAUCCGGUUCAAUGGAAAAGGGAAAAAGAUUCGGAAGCCUCGGACCAUUUAUUCCAGCUUGCAGCUCCAGGCUUUAAACCAUCGCUUUCAGCAAACUCAGUACCUGGCCCUGCCCGAGAGAGCUGAACUGGCAGCUUCCUUAGGACUGACACAAACACAGGUGAAGAUAUGGUUUCAGAACAAACGCUCCAAGUUUAAGAAACUGCUGAAGCAGGGCAGUAACCCGCAUGAGAGCGACCCUCUCCCAGGCUCAGCGGCCCUGUCGCCGCGCUCGCCCGCGCUGCCUCCGGUGUGGGACGUUUCUGCCUCAGCCAAGGGCGUCAGUAUGCCCGCCAACAGCUACAUGCCUGGCUACUCGCACUGGUACUCCUCUCCACACCAGGACACGAUGCAGAGACCACAGAUGAUGUGAGUUGUCUGAGGGAAAUUGAUACCCUAGGGAAACGUCUGAACAAGGCAAGGAGGAUCCAGGACCUGCUUGCAUCUGCCAAACCCAGCCAAAGGAGCAGGCUCGGGAGAUCUCUUCUGUGUAGCAAGACAGUCUGGGCGCUUGCUUGCUCUCUUGCUCUCUCUUUCUCUCUCUCUCUCUCUGUUUCUCUUCUCUCCUCUUUUUCUUUUCUUUUUUUUUUUUUCCUUUCCUUUCCUCAUCUGCUUUUUCCUUUGAGCAGCCUCAGUAACUGAUCUUGCAUUUUAGGGAGAGAGAGGGAAAGAGAGAGAGAGGGAGAGACUGGUUUCUAUGCCAGUGCUCCUGAAAUCCCUCACUGCAAGGACAUUUUCCCUUACCCUUUGGGAUCCAGGCUCUGAGCCUCCUCUUCUCUUUGGGAGUAUCCAUCAAAACGACUUUUUUUUUACAGACAUUUCCCCCACCAGAAGAAUCUGCGCAAACAUGGCAGCAUUUUUACUUGUUUAAUGAGCUUAAGACAUUACAUGAUGAAAAAGAAGUAUUUCAGGCUCCUGCAUUUUUAUUUACCAAUCCCAGACUGACAAAAAAAAAAAAGAAAGAAAGAAAGAAAGGAAAGAAGGAAGGAAGGAAGGAAGAAAAAGAAAAAAAAAC